GAAAACGACGUCAGCUUACGUUGUAAUUCCCGUUAACAUAUCAAUAAAGCACGCUGUUUCAGUAAAAAAAUCGAUGGUCGUUAAAUAGUUAAAUAGUUUAUUGCUUCAGUUCAUUUGGCACCAUUGUCAGACAUGGCUAUCAUCAAAGUCAUUUUCCUGAUGGCCUCCCUGCAAAUUUCGUCUUGUGUUGAAAAUGUUGACCAUGAAAAAUGCAAGGACCGCUUUGGAGCCAGUCUUGGAGAUAACUUCGCCCUGUUUAAACCAGCAACCCAAACCAGCACUAAAGGUGCUGCCGUUGCCUCUCGGGCUGUGGAUGGCAACACUAACCCGUAUUUUGGCAAUUUGAGCUGUUCUGAAACAGACGCUGGAAAUUCUUUAGUUUGGAAGGUUGACCUUGGACAGGAUAUUUAUUUGACCUCUGUAACAAUAACAACAAGAAUAGAAGACCAAUACAGGGUGAAUCCGAAUCUUUUACAUGUGUAUAGUGCUGGACCGGAAUGGAAGUGUGCUGAGGAAUUUUUCCCUAGUACUGGUGAGAGCAUAACAGUCACGUGCGUCAUGCCCAUGAAGAGUAAUGCUGUGGAAAUCAAGCUUUUCCAAACAGAAGGGAUACUUUCCUUGUGCGAAGUGGAAGUGCACGGAUGGAAAUUUAAUCAUUAUGAAAAUGAAGUGAAUUUUGCCUUGUGGCAAACUGGAAGACUAUCAAGUGUUCACUCGAACUCCCCGGCAGAAUUGGCUCUGGAUGGUAAUCAUGAUACCAACUUUAAUAGUGGAUCUUGCAUGCAUACUGGCUCUGUAUCGCCAUUUUGGAGCGUUGAUUUGGGGAAUAUAAUCACAGUUACUACAGUAACAAUUACCAGUGUUAAUGUCCCUAAUGAUAUUGGAAGAGCUAGAAUUUCAGACUUUGUUAUAAGAGUUGGAAUGGCAGAUGAAGGACAAGAUGAAAACUACGAAAGUUGUGUGGGGCGCAUCUUAGGUUUUGGGAGCCCGGAAACUCGGACAUUCUUUUGUACCAACCCUAUACGUGGACGUUAUGUGACUAUUGUAUCUAGACUGGCGAAAUUCUUUCAUCUGUGCGAGGUGGCCGUUCAUGGAUAUGAACUAGAAUGUGCAUCACCGCAACCACUUGGUAUGGAAACUUUCAAGAUUCACGAUUCACAAUUGACUGCGUCUUCAGUGAAAGGCUCGAACAACAUUCAUGGUCCUCAAAAUGCACGGCUAAGUUUUAACCAUUCUAAUAGUCCACAGCGUUUUCCAUGUUGGAUUGCUGGAGACACAGACACUGAACCAUGGAUUGAAGUCAAUUUAUUGUGGCUAUCCACAGUUAGUGGUGUUUUAACCCAAGGCCGACAUGAUUUGGAUCAAUGGGUGACAAGUUUCUCGGUGUCUAUAAAAGUUGAUGGAAAUAAUUUUCAGUUUUAUAUGGAGAACAAUGAGAAAAAGAUAUUCAUAGCAAACUCCGAUCGUAAUUCCAUUGUUCGCCAGAUUUUCCACCCCUACCUUCUUGCCAGGUGGAUCCGAAUCAAUCCAGUCGCAUGGUUCGGUUCUUGUUCAAUGCGAAUGGAGUUGAUAGGCUGUCAAAAUGAACUUCAAGGAUCGAGACCUCCGCAAUCUUUGGGAAUGACCAAUGGUAAGAUUCUUGAUGGUCAGCUGUCUGCUUCAUCGAAUGAUGAUGGUUGGGAGCCUAAAAAUGCAAGGUUAAACUUGAAUGUGAAUGGUUGGGCAGCCACCACACCAGAGAAUUCCUGGUUGCAGGUGGAAUUUUUCGCAAAAUGUGUUAUUUUUGAGAUUCAAACUCAAGGAAGUGUAGGGCAAGCAUUUUGGAUCAAGACAUAUCAGAUCUCUUACGCCAGCAACGUGCAAUUCUUUUUUCCUUACCAGGAAAAUGGUGUACAAAAGACGUUUGCUGGUAAUACUGACCAGCAUUCAAUAGUCACUCAAAUAUUGUUACCAGUCAUCGUUGCGAAGGUGAUUAGGAUACAUCCUAUCUCGUGGGAACAGAAGACUUGCCUUCGAGUGGAAUUCAUUGGCUAUUAUCGAGAAAACUCGAUACCCCGAGCCCUUGGGAUGCAGAACCGUUUUAUCAAGGACUGGCAACUUGAUUUCUCAAGCAUACAAGAUAAAUCGACGAAUAAGGAAAUAUUUUCUCGAUCUCCCUGGCUAAAAGCUUUGAAAAGUGCCUGGACACCAGCUUCACAAAUUGACCAAUGGCUCCAGAUUAACUUUUUGAGAUCGACGAAAGUGACCAACAUUAAAACUCAAGGACGCAUGGAAUCCGAACAAUUUGUGGCUACCUAUCAACUGUCUUUUGGAGAUGAUGGUUCUUUUUUUAAAUAUUAUUAUCGCAAUGGAGAAAUAAGGGUAUUCAGAGGAAACUGGGAGGCUGAAACACAAACUAUCAACAGUCAGAUGAUUUCUCCUGCAAUCGUUUCUCAAUUUAUUCGUAUCCAUCCUAAAGAAUUUAAUGACCGUAUUUCGUUACGGAUUGAAUUUGAAGGAAGUUACAUCGGAUUUAGAGACUCUUGUCAAACGUCAGGCAAACUCGGUAUGGAAAACAGAAUUAUCAGUGUACAUCAAAUAUCUGCUUCGUCGUAUUUCAACGAUUCAACCGUUCCUGACCGCGGAAGAUUAAAUAUGAAACAUGAGAAUGGAUCAUUUGGAGCUUGGGUUAGUGCGAUCAACGAUGCAAAUCAAUGGUAUCAAGUUGAUUUCGAGAGAAUUAUAAAGCUGGUUGAGAUAGAUACACAGGGGAAAACGGGAUUUGGUAGUCAAGAGUAUUGGGUUAAAGAAUACACUGUCUCCUAUGGCUAUCAUCCUGAGCGAAUUGAUGCUAAGUUUUACCAACAAAGUGGACAAACUAAGGUUUUCCAAGCAAAUAACGACACAGAUUCGAUCGUACGCAACACAUUGCUUCCAGCUAUCGUUGCAAGAAUCAUUCGUCUUCAUAUUCACUCCUGGAACACUCGUAUCGCAAUGAGACUGGAGUUUGUUGGAGCGUAUCAAGAUCCUCACGGGCCUGCCCUCAUUGAUCCAGAUUAUGUUGCAUUGGAAAACAGAUUGACUGCAUCGUCAUUUUUGGAUCAUCGUCACGAGCCAAUACAUGGAAUCAUAUCAGACAAAAUAAAUGCAACAUCUUGGACUCCAUUAGAAGAUAAAACAGGAGAAUAUAUCCAGGUUGAUCUGCUUCAAUUAACACCAAUAUCAGGUGUUGGUUUACGCACUGGUGGAGAUCAUCCCAAUGAUUCGUAUGUUGAGGUUAUGCUGCAGUAUAGGGAUGCUGAGGAAUCCUGGAAUACAUUGAAGGAUUAUCGUGGUGAAAUCAAGACUUUAUCCACAUCAGACUGUGAUACUGAGUUUGAGAAACUGGUUGUCGCUCGAUUUGUGCGUCUCGUUAUCAUUGGAUGGGGUUCAAGAACUGGUUUCGUGUUUCAACUCUACGGAACUAAAGAAUAUCACAGGGCUAGCGCUGGAAUUGAGAGUGGGUUAAUUAAGGAUAGCCAAAUGAAGUCCUCUAAUCACCCCAAUGAUCCUUAUCCUGCCUACGAAGCGCGAUUGAAUUAUGGUGGAGCCUGGUGUGGAAAUACUCAACGAAGAUAUUUGUAUUUACAAGUUGAUUUUCUGUCAAACUUCGAGGUAAAUGCUGUUGCAACUCAACCUAAGUCAUCUGGCAUCACAGAAUCCGUCACACGUUACAAGUUAUCUAGUACUUUUGAUGACAAGAAUUGGACGUUUUACCAGGAAGACAGUCGUGAUAAGAUUUUUGAAGGGAACACAAGUUGCCUAUGUACUCGAAAACAUUUAGUGCGACAAUUUCUUGCUCGAUCAGUGCGUUUUCACCCAACGUCAUGGCAGAGCAAUCCUUGCAUGAGAGUUGAUGUAUAUGGGAUUUAUAAAGGAAUACUUCAAAUUCACGUACGCUCUGGACAGUUGUUAGAUGAUUAUGGCCUUGAACUUACGAACAGUUCCUCGAUAAAGCUCAACGGUAAAGAUGUCUCAAAAUCGAAUGACGGAAUAAACGUCGUUAUUGCAAACUAUAAAACUGGAGAUCUGGUGUCGUCUAACUCCGUUCCAGAUUAUUCAACUCUUAACAAUUUACUGAAAAGUUUGGAAAACGAUUCAAUUGUUGUUUUGGCAACACAAAAUCUACAUGAACGACCUUCAGAAGACACUCUACAACUCUUGCAAUCCCUGGGAGGAAUAAAGCUUCGUUAUUCUCUCACUUCUGCGCAUGAUCCCUGGAUCUUGGUCGGCUAUAAGGGUCAACAAAGGGAAGACUGGAUAACAGUAAAAGUUGGGGAAAGGGGGAAAACUGCCAUUCGAGUUUCAGCAUCGGUUCAUUUGAAUCAAGUACCAAAUUCUCCAGAAUUUCACGAGUACUUUACUUCAACAGAAGACAGUGCAGCAAACAGCACUGAGUUAUCAAUCGCAGGUGGAUAUUCACGUUUCGUUCACAAUAUUUCCACGAGAUGUGAACCUGACAGCGACCCAAACUGCAAGCCGAGUUUGUCUUUAGCAAUGUGGAUGAAACCUGAUGAGAUAUCUAGUAUCAAUAAUGAACACACUUUCAGACCAAUUCAAUCUGAAGAGCGAAUCGUAUUGAAAUAUUACUCGAAUGGGUACAGAUACAUUAUUCCGGUUGGCAAUUUAUUCACUGGGUUAUAUUUGAAUUGGGACGAAUCACGCAAGUUCUGCUUGACGCUGGGAGCAGAUCUGCCUGUGAUUUUGGACAAACAGACGGAGAAUGCGAUAAACUCGAUGCUAUCAAGGACUGGAGUUAAAAAAUACAUACACAUUGGUUUGCGACGGGACCCUAUUACCUCGGAAUUUAAGUGGGUCGAUGGUUCGCCAGUCGAAUACAAUAACUGGCACGGGGCAGAACCGUCAUCAGAAACAUGUAGUUGUCGUUUCGAAAACGGUCAUUGGAAUGCCUUAAGCUGCACUGACAUUCGGCCAACUGUUUGUCAACAGUCCACUGAAGAUUAUAUUGGUCUUGUUCCCCUGGGCUUGGAGCGCAAAGCAAUACCUGACGACAGAAUGACGUCUUCAACAUUUCUUGAUGUUCUUCACACAUCGAAGGAGGGACGAAUUAAUUCGAUCCCUGCAUCAUGGUGCGCACCACAUAGUGACGCAGAACCAUAUCUACAAGUUGAUCUUGGUGACAUAAAGACUGUCUGUGGUGUAGGUACUCAGGGACGUGAUUACGUUGGCCAUCAAUCAUGGCCUAAAUCAUAUUAUAUUAAACUCAGUAACGAUUCUUCAACAUGGAUUUAUUUCAGUCGUGGUGGUCGGAAAAAGGUAUUCCAAGCCAACUACGAUAUCAGCAGCGUAGUAAUUAAUCGUUUUCAUGAACCAGUUAAGACACAACUAAUUCGCUUGGUAGUUUUGGAAUGGCCGUCACAUCUUGUACUUUGUAUGAAAAUGGAAUUGUUCUCUUGUAGUAGCAAAGGUAGAGACGAUGAAAGACCAGCACCAGAUGUACCAAAAAGUAUCACAGUGGCAGAACCUGAGCAUUGUUUGGAUGUGCUGAUGUCAGGAAAGACUACAGAUGGUGUUUAUAUGAUUAACCCUGGUAAUGGAGCAUUUCCCGUGUAUUGUGAUCAAACUACUGAUGGCGGAGGUUGGACUGUAUUUCAGAGGCGCAUGGAUGGAACAGUUGAUUUUUAUAGAAAUCAUGAAGAAUACGUAGCUGGCUUUGGUGAUCUCUCAGGAGAAUACUGGCUUGGACUUUCAAAGAUUGCAUUGCUGACUCACAGUUAUUCCAGCAACUUGAGGAUUGACCUCGAUAAUUGGUGGAGUCAAUCAAUACAUGUGGUAUAUUCUGACUUCACGAUUGACGAAGCAAGGUCUUCUUACAAACUACAUUAUUCGGAUUGGUUAGGACCAGAUACCGACAGCUUAUCUCUUCACAAAGACGCAACCUUUAGCGCGAAGGAUUUUGGCACCUUGAAUGAUACAGCAGUUAAGUUCCAUGCAGGCUGGUGGUUUAAAACACCUAAGUUUAGAUAUACUUGUCUAAAUGGACGGUAUUAUGAUAGUGAAACAGUCAAUGAAGAUGGCAUUAUUUGGCAGAGUUGGCGGUUGGAGACAUUGAAACAAAGUAAGAUGAUGCUCAGAUGGAAUGGCAAAGGAGGAAAACAGGGUCCGUUGGAACUGGCAGAUUGGCACACUUAUGUAUCUUCUGAGAUUGAGGUACUUGAUGCCAAGCUCAAUGGACAGACACAUUUUACAAUUGAUCAAGUCACGGCCAAAUAUAUUCAGGCUGAUAUUUUCACACAACGUCGUCUAACGCACAUUUCGACACAAGGAAUGAAUUCUGACUUUGUAAACAAAUAUUAUCUUCAAUUAAGUACUGGAGUAGACUAUUGGACCGACUACAGGGAAAAUGACGUUUUAAAGAUAUUUGAAGGGAACAAGGAUGCAACAAGUGUUUCAACAAACUGUUUGAAAGAAACGGAACUCACAAGGAUGGUGAGAUUAUACCCCGUCGAGUGUAAAGGCUCCUGUUCUUUGAGGAUUGAAAUUUAUUCAUGUUUCGAAACUUGUUCAAAAGCUGUUGGUAUUCAAUACGGUAACGGCAAGUUUCCUGACAUCAACAUGGAUGCAACCUCUACCACGUAUAAUGGACAUGCAAAACAAGGACGCUUAGACCUUUCACAAAGCAGUCAUAUCAAAUCAUGGAGAGCAGAGAGGAUGGAGCCCGGCCAAUAUCUCGAAGUAAGGCUUUCUGAACUGUAUAAAAUCACAUCCGUUGCAACGCAAGGUGGAAGUGAUUGUUGGGUGAAGAGUUUCAGCAUUUCUUAUCGCAAUAAAGACUUGAAGUGGAAACAAUACACAGGAAAGAAUGGAAGGAUACUUCCUGGUAAUAGAAACGUUAAAUCGGUUCUACGUACGCAUUUUGACAGACCGUUUCUAGCAUAUGUAGUGAGAUUUGUUGUCAAGACAUGGCAUAAUAAAAUCUGUAUGAGAACUGAGGUGUAUGGCUGUCCCGCAGAUAAUGCGAUAUUUGUGGUUCAUACACGAGAGGCAAUUGCCGGUCAAAAUCUUGUCAUGAAGGGCAAAUAUCGUUACUGUGAACAUUGUGAAUGCCCAGGUUGCUUGAAAAGUUUAUGGUUGCGUGUAUUUGGUGAAGUCCAUCUGGCUGCAGCUUCUAUUCUGUACGAUUGCGAAUAUCAUGAAUUUGAAAUUCCUAUUAACUCAUCCAUUGUGCCAGGAUCUCACAAGAUUCACAUGGGCGCAAGUGAAAGCAGCAGUUUUUCCCCUGACGAGAAGCUUUUAGACGAGCGUAUGGUUGGCACUAUCACUGUGACAGAGUAUUAUCCUAGUUGCCUGGACUUGCUUUUCUCAGGACAGACGAAGAAUGGUGUUUACAAGAUACAACCAAACAGUGAAACAGCUUUUGAGGUUUAUUGUGACCAAGAGACGUUUGGCGGAGGAUGGACAGUGUUUCAGAGACGUUUAAACAGCGCUGAAAAUUUUGAUCGCGUUUGGGCUGAUUAUAAAACAGGCUUUGGUAACCUUACUUCAGAAUUUUGGCUUGGGAAUGAUUACAUUCAUGAACUGACCAUACGUCGUAAGGAACUAUUACUUGAUCUCAAUUCCGUUCCUGGCGAUUCUGCGUUCAUUUUGUAUAAAUCAUUCCAAGUCGAGAACGAAGCAACAUUUUACAAACUCCAUGUCUCGGAAUACCAACAGUCUGUUGGAGAUUGUUUUAGCUAUAAUAAUGGUAUGAAGUUUACAACUAAUGAUCAGGAUCAAGAUGUUUGGAAUGACGGAAAUUGUGCCGUACAUGCAAAAGCAGGCUGGUGGCAUAAGGCUUGCACGUCUUGUCAUUUCAAUGGUCGAAUAAGUGACAGUGCAGUAGCUCAUGAAAGAUGUAGGAUGAAUAACUGGCAAGAGGAACUAACAUUUCUUAAAAAAUCCGAAAUGAAAUUACGGGACAGAAAUAUUGUAACCUGCAAUGAUCAGUACUGCUAUUACUUGCUGAAAUCUUCCUUUCAUUGGAGUGCGGCCCAGGAAAAAUGUCGAAGUUUCAAAGCGGAUCUUUUGUCUGUUCGCGAUGAUACUGAAAAUCAAUGGAUUGUCAACAAUAUUCUUAAAAAUCAGACCGUCAAUCGCGUACAUUUGGGUAUACAAAAUUUGACACACUGGAUAGAUGAUUCUGGACUUCUUUACAAUAAUUUUCAAGGUUCCAAUUCUGGUGAUGAUUGUCCUUAUUUAGAAGUGAAUGGAGGUUGGAGUGUGGGUGAUUGCGGUAAUUUGUUACCCACCCUUUGUAAGAGAGCUAAGUUUUGUCACAAGGAAGCCUGUCAUGUAUUUACUACUCAGACGAUGGAUCAUAAUGCUGCUAAAGAAUUUUGUCGAGAACGUGGUUAUGAUAUUCCCAAAAUAAACAGUCCAGAAAAAAAUGAAUAUAUCUUAAAUGUGAUGAGAUCUUUGACAAUAACUAGUAGCUGGAUGAAGCCUUACGUUAAUGUAAAGCGUAGUGGCCCCGAGCAUCUAUGGUUUGAUGGUUCAAGCCUUACAUACGAAAACUGGGGUAAUGGAGAGCCAAACGAUGAGAAAAAUGAAUGCGCUUUUAUGAACAAGGGUGGAACUUGGUGGGACGCCCAUUGUUCAGCUGCUAUUAUUGCUCCUGUUUGUGAAAGGGUUCUAAAUUCUGCAAAGAAUCCUAAAAAUUGCUUGGAUCUCCUGUUAUCUGGUUCAGUCCGUAGUGGUGUGUAUACGAUAGAUCCAGACGGCGAGGGUUCUUUAUCAGUUUAUUGCGACCAAGAAAACUUUGGUGGUGGUUGGACUAUGCUCAUGCGACAGGCAAUUCCGAAAUACAGUUUUUAUUAUGAUUGGGAAGUCUACAAAAAAGGUUUUGGCUCCCUGGAAGGAGAUUUUUGGCUUGGAAAUGAGAACAUACACAGACUAACUAGAGUAACAAAAGAGAUGUUGUUUCAUAUGAAAUCCCAGGCAGGUGGCAUAAAGAACGUUCAUUACAAAUCUUUCAAAGUUGCGGAUGAAAGCGACUUCUAUCGUCUGAAUGUUGGGGAAUAUCAAACCUCGCCUGUCGGAGAUGCAAUGGCCGAUCUUGAUAACAUGAGAUUUUCAACGUAUGAUGUAGACAACGAUUUUACUGUUGCUAAUUGCGCUUGGCAUCACAAAGGAGGAUGGUGGUAUAAUAAUUGUGGAGAGGUAAUGAUUACAACAAGAUCUGGAACCGCUUCCUUUGAAUGGCAAACGUGGGCGUCGAAUACCGUUAUUGAUGACCUGAAUAUGAAGAUACGAAGCCAAUUUGUGGUAAGCUGCACUGACUAUUUCUGCUACUAUCGAAUGACUGAGAAGAAAAGUUGGUCUGAAGCUGUGAAAAUGUGCCGAAAGUUCAACGCAGAUCUCGUCUCCAUACGCGACGAGGCAGAACAACAAUGGGUCAUAGACAACAUUCUUGUUCCAAGAUCACUUAAUGAAAUUUAUAUUGGUCUUGGCAUGGAGAACACCCAAACAUGGACGGACGGGAGCUCUGUGAGUUUCACCAAGUUGGUAAAUGUCGUAACAGCUGAUAAAUGCGUCAUUUUAAAAAAAGACGGGUCAUGGGAGAUUGUUGAUUGUGUACAACCGCAAUAUGUCUUGUGUAAAAGAGGUAAAUUUUGCAUUCAAGGAGACUGUUAUGUCGUUGAUGUAAAAAAGACACGUAGCUAUACAGAAGGCGAAAAUUUUUGCCACAGCCUCGGUUUUAGUUUGGCCAAAAUAACUAACGAUAUUGAAAGCGAUUAUGCCGGGAAUUUAGUCAGGGAAACCACAUCUGACUCGAGUUUUACUUAUUCUUUAAUUGGUUUGAAACAAGAUGGCGACAGACACCGUUGGUUAGAUAACACAUUGUGUCAAUAUUCUGACUGGGCGUCUGAUGAACCCAGCUCAGCCGGUCAAACAGUCACUGCUGUUCAUCUUAACUCUGGUCAAUAUGAAUGGGAAGAUUGGGGCGGUGGUUAUGACGUAUAUUUUACUAUUUGUGACAAAGGGCCUAUUGUCGACAGUUGUACUGACGUCCUCCGACAUGGUAACAGGGAAAAUGGUUUCUAUUCAGUAAGUGCAGGACGGACAAAACAAUUUACAGUGUAUUGUGACUUGAUCAGUCCUGGUAAUCCCUGGACAGUGAUACAGAGGCGAUUGUACGAAAGUGAACCAACAGAUUUCCACUCAAAAUCGUGGACAGACUACAAAAACGGCUUUAGCUCGCAUGAGAUGAAUUUCUGGCUGGGUAAUGAGUAUAUUCACCAGUUAGCCAAGACGCCACAACGGCUAAAGAUUGUUAUUCAAACUGAGUUCAAUCUUUAUGAAGCUGUUUAUGAGAAUUUCACAGUUGGCGAUGAAGCAUCUGGGUAUCAGAUUAACUUUGGAGCGUAUUCAGGCACUGCUGGAGACUCCUUUUCAAAACAUCGUGGUAUGAGAUUUUCCACAAUAGAUAAUGAUACUAGCAGUACUUUAUGUACGGCGUUACAUCCUGGAGGCUGGUGGUUCGCAGACUGUCUUGAUUCAAAUCUAAAUGGAUUGUUUACCAAAGCAAGCAAUCGUAAUGACACGAUUUACUGGAAAACUAUUAAAGAAAGUAUAAUAAGAACUGAGAUGAAAAUACAACCGCAAAAUGAGAAAGCCUCCAAUUUACAGUGGUUCACUGGCGCUAUUCAUCUUUCAAAUGCAUCUCUUGGUGUCUUAUUCACCCCAGAAGAGACUGCGAUUAAAGUUCGAACAUCUUCAGAAGAGUGGACGACACGUGUCCCAAGUCCAGGUCCUUUCCUUUCGCACGUGGCUAUCACAUGGGAAGAGAAUGGCCAUUUACGGUACUAUGAAAAUGGUAGUCUUUUGAAGGAGACUGCUUCUGUACAACUGUUACCAGCGGAUCAGGGGGAACCAUCAUUUACCGUUUAUCGCCAGUAUAUUUGGUUGAAUGAGUUGAAGUUAUGGAACUCUGUUCUUAGUGAAGAGAUAGCAAGAAUCCAGCAUAGCACCAGAAACUUUACAUUUGAUGAAGGUGUGCAUUUAUGGACAUUCGCGAAUGCAUCCGAACCAUACAGUUGGAAUACAAGCAAUUCCUGCUCUCCAACAGAAAUGACUGGACCUUGUGGUGAUCACACAUAUUUGACAAGUUUAGGGACGUUUGUUUUUACCGAGGCCUCUCGCCCAGCUGAAAGUAAUGACCGAGCGCUUGUGAUUAGUCCCAAUCUUCCUGGCAGCAAUUAUCGAUGUUUGAAGUUCUGGUUUCACAUGAUGGGAGAAAAAUUCGGUUCAUUAAACAUCCACGUCAGUAGGGAAAAUAAUUUUACAAGUACUUGGAAUAUCCCUGUUUUACACUUGGUUGAAGAUCGAGGAAAUAGAUGGCAGUUUGCGAAAGUUGAUCUGGAUAUUGCUAAUGUUUUUAAGAUCAUAUUUGAGGCAGUUAGAGGCGACGGUUCAAAAGCUGAUGUUGCUGUUGAUGACGUUAUGCUAACAGCGGAAGGUUGCCAGAAAGAAUGUCAUCCACCAUGUAUAAUUGGGGAAAGAUGUGAUCAAUUGUCACUCGCUUGCAUUCGCGAAGGAUAUUAUGACCAUCGUUGGCGACUGGAUUCGCUCGACGUCAAAGAUGAUAAAGACUCGAAACACGGCAACAUUUCUGGCGAUGUUCAACUUCAAAAGGGUGAUAUUUUUGGAAUGUGCACAGCCCUUCGUGGUAAUGGAAAGAUUGAAUUACGGACAUUUAAAAGGAUAUGUUACAAUCCUUGGUGUUUUCCCUUUCAAACAUUGUCGUUUUGGCUGAAAUACGAAGAAAUGAACUUUCAAAAUAUCAUCUCGUUUGGAAAAUUGAUAAAUAUCACUCAAAAUGGCGAGACGCCUAAAGAGCAUCUUUCAGUAGAAGUGAAUACGGCGUAUCGGAGUUGUUCGACAUCCAUUCGUGUACCUCCUGAAGUAUGGACUCAUGUCAUCGUAUCAGUUAACGCGUUAGAAGGGGAGAUAUUUGUGUAUGUUGAUGGUAUUAUCCUUUCAAAUAACUCCCAUUUCCUAUGCGUCAAUCACAGCAAUAUCCAGACUUAUAACGAAGUGUCUUUAAUCGCCGGUGGUGGCAGCAAUUCUUAUUUUUCUUUGGAUGAUGUUCAUCUUCUGUUUGACGUACUGGAACCAACCCAGACUGUCGAAUCGUAUAAAAACAGAACCGGGUUGCAACAAAAAAUUUUCGUUAAAGCUCAACUGACUGAGGAGACCUGGAGUGAGGAUUUGUCGGACGACGAAAGUGAGAAAUAUCAGAAACUGUCGCAGUUGAUUAAAACUAAGUUCAUGGAAACGUUUCAAGACAGAUCAAGAAUAAAGGAUGUUGUCGUAGAAAGAUUCAUGCAAGGCAGUGUUAUCGCUGAUAUAAAUGUUAUUUAUGACGAGGUGAACUAUCAAGAUAUAUUGCUAAUGGAAGAAGCAUUGGAACAAAAUAAUUCACUCAAUGGAUUAAAAAUCAAGUCUCUUGAGCUAAAUUCUUCAUCGGUGCCAAACGUCAGACCAAAAAUUCUUGCUGUUAUACUGGAUCCUGAAAAUGUAACAACCGUGUACUUAAACUGGACGGAAGUAAGUUCUGAUAAUCUGAAUGGCGUCCCACAGGGCUAUAAAAUCCUCUAUCGUGUCACAGAAAACACAACAGAAGCCAAAUAUACUGCAGAGGUUUCGUAUGGCAAUUCAACAGAGACUAAGUUGUUAGAUUUGGAACCGUUAACGAAUUAUACUAUGCGAGUUCUUGCUUUUACUUUGAGUGGAGAUGGUUUUGUCAGUGACAGUGUAACAUUCUUGACGUUAGAUGGAGCGCCUCAAGCUCCGAAUAUGACAGUAAAUAAUAUCAGUUCUACAUCUCUAUACGUCAACUGGACUAUGUUACCGAACUCAACAGUCAUCUACAAGCAACUGCUAGGGUACCAAGUUACGUAUUGGAAAGAGUCUGAGGAGGAUAGAAUCUAUAAUUUAACUCAGUUUGAAAAUUAUCUCUUAUUGGAAAACUUGGAGAUGUGGACGACCUAUUGCUUUAACGUAACAGCAUUCACGUACGGUAACACAGCCCCAACUCAAACACAGUGUGCCAGAACUUUCGAAGAUGCUCCUCAAGAACCACCAAGAGAUUUUACUGUUCUAAAUGUCAACAUAACAGCAAUCGAAAUGAGCUGGUUACCACCAAAUGAGUCAGCAGUUCCUGGAAUAAUACGCUACUACAAUUUAAGCUACCGUGUUUUAAACGAGAGUGGCUCAGAAAUAACGUCACUUACUCUUGAAAGAAGUAAAUUGAGAUAUGCUCUAACUGGUCUUUCUGCUCUUUCUUUGGUCCAAAUCAAUAUUUCCGCUUUCACUGUCUCAUCUGGUCCAAAACAGUCCAUCAUGGCGUUAACUGAUGAAGGCGUACCUUUGGUUGCUCCGAACCUAACCGCUACAAAUAUCAGUUCAACUUCGUUCAAAUUACAAUGGACUGGUAUUCCUGAAAUAUUUCACAAUGGAAUACUCUUAGGGUUUCAUCUCUAUCUUUGGAAACAGGAGAUCGGCAUUGAAUUUGCAGAAAAUAAGACAUUCAAACGUCAUGUUCGUCUUGUUCAGUUUAAUGGUGUUGCUAAAUGGACGGUAUACUGCGCAAAGGUUACUGGAUUCACUGCAAUCGGAGAUGGAGCCCAGUCUUCGGUGGAGUGCACACGAACAUUUGAAGAUGCCCCCAUGGCGACAGCAAGUAACUUCAUUGCUACAGAUGUAAAAAUAUCAACAAUUGACCUUUCAUGGUCUGCACCUCCAACACCCUUGGUCCCUGGAAUAUUACGAAGAUAUAAUCUAACCUAUCGUAAUUUGAACUACACUAAUGAAGUUUUCACAAAAGAGUCUCUCGGUCCAUCAGUGACAACGCACAAAAUGGAGAAUUUAUUUGGCCUGACCUUGUACGAGAUUAAUAUUACGGCGAUAACAAUACUGCCUGGACCAUGGUCAACACUAUAUGUUUUAACACUUGAGGGAGUUCCGUCGAUUGCUCCACCCAAUGCAACUUGGACAAACACUAGUUCAACGUCUAUUCGAGUGAGCUGGUCAGCAUUUCCGAAGCAUCUUAUAAAUGGCAUUCUUCUUGGAUACCGGGCCUUCAUUUGGAAAGAAUCUGAUGGUCCAGCAUCAAAUUUUACUGUUGAUGUCCUAUCUGAAGCUGUUUCUGCAAGCAGUGGUAAUUUGCAGAAAUAUACCACAUAUUGUGGCGAAGUCGAAGCUUUUACGAAAGAAGGCGAGGGGCCAAAAACUCCUGUCGGGUGUAUAAGAACGUCAGAAGAUGCGGUGGAGACGGCGCCAGGUCCUUUGAACGUAUCAAACAUAACGUGGAAUGAAUGUCAUUUGUCUUGGGAGCACGUUAAUUUAUCUUUCGUUCCUGGAAUUUUGAGAUCGUAUCGCGUUACAUACAGAAUAAUCGACCCCAGAUUUGAUCAGAGCAACACGACGUUCUUUGUUGACAGUCAGUAUAAUUCCACUGUUGUAACAGGAUUGAUAGGAUUCGUUGAUUAUGAAAUAAUGGUAAAUGGAUUCACUGUGAAAGAUGCUCCAAUCAGUAUUUCAUAUUUCAAGACUAAAGAAGGAGUACCAACAUCUCCUCCAACGCAAUUUCUUAGUACUGCUAUAACUGAAACGACUAUUCAAAUAGCUUGGCAGAAAAUUCCUCUACCAGCCCGGCAUGGGAUCAUCACAGGUUACAAAGUGACUUACAAGAAAUCAGCAUCAAGAUCUAAGCGAGAAGACGAGAAGACACUAACAUUUGAUGCUGAUACUUACAAAGCAUUCCUAUUUAAAUUAAACGCUUACACUAAUUACACGAUCACUGUGAGAGGACGAACUUCGAUAGGAUACGGCGUUCCAACAGAAAUUAUAGUACGAACGUUGCAAGGAACUCCUGUCAUAGCCCCUAAAGGAUUUUACGGUGUAAAUUUCACUGGACCCACAAGCAUCUUCGUUUCUUGGGGCUCAUUGAGUACUGCGGAAUUACAGGGACUAUUGGUUAGCUAUGAAGUAAAAUAUCAAGCUUUCUCAGUCGCAGACGAAGAACUGCUGGAGCCACAACCUGUGAAAGUGAUCAUAGUACAUGAUGUUAGCAUUAAGAUUACUGGAUUAUCAACCUACACCACGUACAAAGUCUCAAUCCGUGCGAUAUCUGGAGGGGGUAAGGGCGUGCCCUCUACCGUUCUUUAUGUCGCCACAUGUCGCUGCCACAAAACCUUCACAACAAACUUCUGGAAGUUGCAACCGUAUGUAAACAUCUCAGGUCACAACAAAGAUCGGGGAUUCUUUCCUCAUCUUCUCGAUAUGGUUACUUUAUCUUGUUGUCAAAACUGUCUGGAACAUGGCACUACAGAUAUCAACUAUUUCGUUGAUGGCAAGGGCAGGCCAUCCGAAAAAGAAACAGAUAUUGAUGUAAAAAGAAAUGUCACUUUAGCAACAGACUACAGUUUCCCAGUUUAUGGGUUCUUUGGACAAGAAAUCUAUGCUAAAUAUUAUGGAUAUUCAGCCAUUGUGGAGGUCGUAGGCAGUGUGUUUUUUGCUCUGAAACCAGACAGUUCAGUUCAAGGAAAUGCUCUGAUGGCGUCUAUUCUGUCCAUAACGCCUUUCUUGGCAAUCACAGUGAUCUUUGCUUAUAUAGCAGGAAUAUUUAUGUGGUUUUUGGAACGUAGAUCUAAUGAAGAUGAGUUUUCACCUUCGUUUUUCCGUGGCGCAGGAAGUGGUUUCUGGUGGGCCUACAUUUCAAUGACUACAGUCGGAUAUGGCGAUAAAACAGCAAGAACAUUGGGAGGUCGUAUUUUUGCCAUCAUUUGGGUGUUCAUGGGCCUAGUUAUUAGUUCCUUAUUAAUCGGAAGCAUAGCUUCUGCAUUCACUGCGUCAACCUCCCCUCCACCCGAGGGUCCGAAAAUGCUCUAUGGAGCGAAGAUCGCAGCGUUGCAAGAUUCACCUGAUCACAGACUUGGGGUUCGAAGAAGUGCCGAAGUAAACAUACUGAAGAAAUAUCGAACCUUGGAUGAAUUACGUAAAGCAGUUUUCUCGAAACAAGUCGAUGGAUUGCUUGUUGAUAGUUACGUAGCUGACUCAAGACGAGAACUCUUUAGUGAUCUAUCAUUGAAACAAGUUAUUGAUAUGAAGGCCAGUUAUGGCGUGGUCAUGGGUGCGGAUGCAAGCAAAUUACGGAAAUGUAUAAAAAAGUAUUGGGUUGAAAAUGCCGCAAUGAGAUCACAGUAUAUUAAAGACCACACGAAUCCAAUUGUGGUAACUGAGGUUAGUGCUGCUGAUGCAAUGGAAAACACUUUUACUCCUGAAGGAGAAAUGUACAAAUUAACUCUGACGAUUUGUACAAUCCUUCUUUGUGUUGGAACUGUUUGUGGUUUUAUUUACGAAACAAUACGACGAAAGAGGAAAUGUACAAAAGUGAAACCUGAAAAUGUUUCUGUGGAUAUGCAAAACUAUUGCCAACAAGAAUUGUCUAAAUUUCAAGAGAAACUGCACAAGAUCAUUGAAGAUAUAAAAACCAAGCACUUCAAACAAAUAAUUAAAUUAAGCAAAUUGAAACGGAAGACUUAUCAACGCGCACAAGAAUAUAGCGUAGAAAACACGGGUGAUUCUGGAAGUCUUUCUACAGCCAGUUAAGUUCAUGACAGUAUGUAUGUU